AUGUCUGCGAUCUCUUAUUUUGGCAUAACUCUUCAAUUUUCUUAUUUACCUUUUUGUAUAGGUUUACAAAAUCAGUUUAUAUUGUGGGUUUUAGUUUUUGAAUUUUGUACCAAGUUUCCUGACGAGUUAAAAGACGUUGAAUGUCAACAAAAAUACUUUCCGUUAGAAUUUCGCUACAGCGAUUACAUCCACCAAGGAACAAACAUUCGAGAUAUGCGCGCACGUCAAGUCACGAUGGGCAUUCGGCUUGAUGUUCUUGAGUUGGACAAACCUGCACAUCUAAAAUUCCGACAACUCGUUGGUGAUCGAUACAAUAAAGAUACUGAUGUAUUUAUUGUUGUUUCUGAUCGUUGCCCAUCUCGCAAACAAAACCGAGAUUAUUCUGAGUAUCUUCUCACUGUUCUUUAUUAUGAAUCGAACAAAACAGAACCUUGUGAACCAAUUAAAGAAGAUUCUCCAGUAAAAGAGGAGAGGAGACCUCUUACAAAUUCGUUAAAUGAGAAUAAUACAAUUUUAAGAGCAGCAAAUAAUUGA